CAGGAGGCAAACGAGGCCAUCCUUUGACCCUCCACGUGGUAUUUGCUCAGGACAAGCACUGCCAGCAUUGCAGGCCCUGGGUUAUAAAGCAGAAACUCAGUCUCUGUGCCCAGAACGGAGCAGAGUCCAUUAUGGCGAGUGUGGCGACUGCUCUGAUCUGGGCUCUGGCCCUCCUCUCAGUGUUCUCAGCUGCCCAGGCACAGAAAGGCUUCUGGGAGUACUUCAGCCAGAGCAGUGAGGACAAGGGCACACCUCAGCUGACACAGCAACAGAAGUUGGCACAUGAGUCUAUCCUGAAGGACAGCCUUGAGCAAGACUUCAACACCAUGAACACCUUGCUGGAAAAGCUGGGUCCUCUGACCGAGCAGGGGAGAGAGUCUCCGGGGCACCCCCACGACCCUGCAGAUAUAAGGCAGCAGCUGCAGGAGGAGCUGGAGGAGGUGAGAGCUCGCCUGGAGCCCCACAUGGCAGAGAUGCACCAGAGUGUGGGCUGGAACCUAGAGGGCCUGAGGCAGCAGCUGAUCCCCUAUACGGUGGAGCUGAUGGAGCAGGUGGCACUGCGCGUGCAGGAGCUGCAGGAACAGCUACGCCUGGUGGGGGCGGAGGCCAAGGAGCAGCUGCUGGGAGGCGUGCAGGAGGCGAGAGGCCUGCUGCAAGGCCUGCAGAACCGCGUGGUGCACCACACGGGCCGCGUCAAGGAGCUGGUGCACCCCUAUGCCGAGCGCCUGGUGAGUGGCAUUGGGCACCAUGUUCAGGAAUUGCACCGCAACGUGGCCCCGCAUGCCAUGGCUGCCAGCCCCACUCGUCUCAGUCGCUGCGUGCAAGCCCUCUCGAGCAAGCUCACACUCAAGGCCCAGGCCUUGCACACGCACAUCCAGAACAACCUGGACCAGCUGCGCGAAGAGCUCAGCGCCUUUGCACGCGCAGGGGCCGAGGCCGCAGAAGCCGGGGCCGGCCCCGACCCCCAGGAGCUGUCCGAGGAGGUGCGCCAGCGGCUUCAGGCUUUCCGCCACGACACCUUCCUGCAGAUCGCCGACUUCACCCGUGCCAUCGACCAGGAGACCCAGCAGGUGCAACAGCAGCUGGCACCACCCCCGCCGGGCCACCCCGACUUCACCCCCCAGUUUCCCCCAGCCUACAGGGACCAGGCGCGCAGAGAGCUGCAGGCCCGGCUGGAUGACCUGUGGGAGGACAUUAGCUACAGCCUGCGGGAUGAGCUCCAUCCAAGAGGGGAGGAGGCCUGAAGGGGUUCGGGGACCCAGGCCCACUUCCCAGCGCCUGGUGGUGGUGGUGGUGGUGGUGGGGAAACCCAGCCAGGACCUGGGCCCCUAGCAUGGCUUAGUCCUUGACAGGUUUGCUGGGCAGAGGGCAGA